GUUUUUGGCGCUUUCUAGAGGUAUAAUAAAUGGUUGAUAAGUUUGUUAGGAAAAUGUACAACAUCGAUCCUGGUAUGAAAAGAAGAAAAUAAACAAGAGUUCGUAAACAAUUAGUUAAAUCAAAUUUACAGGAUGAAAGUGAAGAAAAUUCCUUAAUUGAGGUAUAAUAGAAAGUCACAAAAAAAUAUCAAAAUUAUUUACAUACUCUAAGAAAAAUGGGAGAUUUUGAUUGGACUGAUAUAGAAAAUACAAAUAAUACUAAAGUUAUUUAUCCAAGUAUGCAAUUUCUAAUAUCAAGUUCAAUUUUUGCAAGCAUCAACACUCUAAUUUAUGAUUUCAGCACUUUAUUUUAACUGUGAUCAAGAGUAUCUCUAAUAAUGUCUGCACGAAAUUGAGAAAAUAUUGAAGAAAAAUGAAACAAUAUUUGGGACUUAAAUUUAAGAGUACAUAUCUUGAUUUAAUUAGUGAUUGUAAAAAAUAGAAAAAUAAAAAAGGGUAUGAUGUAAAUGAUGAUAUGUUCAUUUUAGAAAUGAGAAACUAAGGUUCUAAAGAUUUAGAUAAUUUGAUCUUAAACUAAGAGUACAAUGUAUAAAUAUCAUUAGAAUUGAAUUAGAGUGUCUAACAAAAAAAAAUGAAGAAACUAUAUAAUAUUUUGAUAGUUUAGUGCCAACAAUUAGAUAGCAUUUAAAAACAGAUUAGUAAAACAAUCUAUUGAGAGAUAUUGCAGGAUUGACAGAAGCAGAAAAAUAAUAUAUAGAAAAAACAGAAAUGAAAAUCUAAGCAGAUGAUUAAAAUGUGACAGUAUAAGAGACUGGUAAGAAAACAUAAGGAGGAGGAAUACAUUUAUAACCAAAUUUAGAUGAUGCAUUAUGUUAAGUAUGUAAUGAUGGAGAUUAUACUGAUGAUAAUUUGAUUGUAUUUUGUUCUAAAUGCAAUAUAUCAGUCCACUAAAAAUGUUAUUUAAUUGAAAUAAUACCAAAUGAAGAUUGGAUAUGUGAUGUAUGUUAAACUUUUGGACCUAAUGGACAAUAUUUACGUUGUGCAUUGUGUCCUAAAUUAGGAGGAGCUAUGAAAGCUACUUAAAUAGAUUCAUAAUAUUUUUAACAUUUAAAUUAAACUUAUUUUGAAUCUUAAGGAGAAACUAUGAUGAAGAAUGAUAUUGUAUCUAAAUUAUGUAAAAAUUUUAAUAAAUGAAGUUUAAUAAAUUGAUGAUGAUUAAGAACUAUAUUAUGAUUUUGGUAAAUUACCUAAUAGAGAUAUUCGGGAUUUAGAAAAUAAUAAAGAAAUCAAAGAACCUUAACCAUAAAAAGUUUGGAUUCAUUUAUCUUGUUUUUAUUGGUCUCCAGAAUGUUUUUUAGAUGAAAAAUAAGAUAUUCUUAGAGGUGUGGAUAAUAUUAAUGCAAAAAGAUUUUCUCUUAAUUGCACAAUUUGUAAUAUUAAGAAAGCUGGAAUGUGUAUUUAAUGUGCUAGAGGUAGUUGUUCUACUUCUUUUCAUGUAGAAUGUGCUAGAAGAUCUGGAAUAUUUUUAACUCAAACUAUUAUCAAUAAUAAACCUGAUUAUUAGAUCUUUUGCUAAAAACAUGUUCCUCUUAAAGUCAAAAGAAUUUUAGAGUCUAAAUAGAGAUUAUAUGAAAGAGAAAUAAUAGAUUUUUUUAGAGCUUAUGAAAAAUGUAAGUAGAUGCAUAAAAAAUCUGUUUAAAAACCUAGAAAAAUAAAAUCUUUAAAAGAUCAAAAGUUAAAAUAAGAAAAUUAGGAAUAAUCAGAGAAUGAAUUCGAUUUAAUAGAUUUUGCAAAUAAAUUAAAAGAAUUCAUAAAUUAAAUUACUGACUAAUAACUAAUUGUUAAUUUAAAGUUGGAGUAAGGAUAAUAUAUUCUUGAUUCAAUCUCAGGACCUGUUCUUAAACCAUAAAAAUAGUAUAAGCUUACUAGUUUGCCAGAGGUUUAUUAAAAUAAAGUUGACGCAAAUGGUUUAUUAGUUACAUAAUUUUACAAAAGUACAAUUACUGCGACAGAUGAAUUGUGGAAACAUUUUAAGUAUCGAGAUUAUGAAAAAGAUAUUACAUAUAAGAUGUAUGAGAAAUUAAGAAGAAGAGCAAGUAAAUAUAUGUAAGAAUUAAAUCCUUAAAAAAAAUAAGCCAAACUUAUAGAUAUUUUAAUGUUAAAAAAAUAUAAAAAAAAUAAUAAAGCUGAAUAAAAAAAGGAAAUCAUAAUAGAAUAAGUAGGAGAUGAAUAUUUUUAAAGAGAUGAUAAUUUAUAUUGUGUAUGUAGAGGUAAAUUUAAAGAUGGUGAUCCUAUGAUAUGUUGUGAAGUAUGUGAUGAAUGGUUUCACUUUGAUUGUUUAGAAAUUACAAUCCCUUAUGAAGAAGCUUCUUAGAUAGAGUAUAAAUGUUUCUUAUGUAUUGAUGAUUUACCUAAAAAUGAAAGGGCAGCUAUUAAUAAUAUUUAAUCAAAAAUGUUUAAAGAUUCCUCUUUUAAAUUGCAAAGAGAAUUAGCAGAAAAAUGCAAACUAGAUGAACUAAGAAAAUUAAGAAUUAAGGAUAUGCAAGAAAAUAAAUUAAAAGAAGAACAAAAUAUUAGUAUAGAUAAUCCUUAAAUUUAACAAGAAGAGAAUAUUUUGAUAGAAGAACAAUAAAAUAUUUAAGAGAAGUAAUGUAUUUAGGAAGAAUUUAACAUUUUUAAAGAAAAUUAAAUUAAACCAAAUAAUUAGACUUUUGACUAAGAACAAAUUCAAAUUGAAAUGUAACUAGAUGGGAACGAAAAAAAUAAAAAGACUGAUGAUCAUGUUAAAACGCCAAGCAAAACAGAAUCUGUAGAAGAUUAAGAAAAUAAUAAAUUAGAAGUUCCAGAAACUUAAGAAAAAGUUAAUAAUAAUAAAUUUAAACAAAAAUCAAUUAGAGACUAUUUCUAAAAGUUAAAGUGAUUAUAUUUA